AGCGCCAACUAAGCCACCAUGGGUCAACAAUUUUCUUUUUGUAAAAAAUAAUCCCGGGUCCUUCUUUUUUCUUGUUUGAUUUAUUGCUUAUAUCUAUCUAAUGUCUGCAAACAACAUUUUUGUACAGGGUGGUGCUGAAGCUCAAAUUACCGAUUUAGCUCUUUAUAUCUCCAAGUUGAGAAACGAGCAAGGUGAUAAUGAAGCACCCUAUGUCAAGGGAGUAGAGGCUCUUGUAAAGUCCGAUAAAGAAGCAGUCUAUGUCCAACUCGCUAAAGACGCUUCCAUCUUUUUAACCGAGAACGAUAGAGAAGUUGAAGGUGCCUUCAACUUGAUGAUUGUCACUCUUUUGGGUGCCCCUCAAACUGUUUUAACCGCUGCUGUACAAGCUUUUGUCGACACUUUGACCAAGACCGAAUCCAACAAGACCAGCUUGAAGCAAAAGAUCUUACUCAAUUUGUAUAACGCUCUUCCUGGUAACUCACCUCUUCGUUACAAUGCCUUUGUUGGAUUAGUUGAAGCCACCACACAAGCUGACGAGUUGGAAUCACUUUACGGUCAAUUAGAAUAUGUUGACGCCUGGACAAAGCAAUGGGGAAUCGAUCAACAAACUCAACGUGAUUUGUACGAUUUUUUGAGCAAGACAUUGCUCAAUGCUGGCGAAGAGAAGUUGGCUUUAGACUUUUCAUUAAAGAAGUUGGCUACUUUUGAUGGACAAGACGAACAAGUGAAGUCCCUUGCCAAGGAGGUUGUUCUCCGUGCUAUCAACAUGGACAACUUUUUUGCUUUUGAAGAUUUACUCCAAUAUGCCGCUGUACAACAAUUGAAAGGUACUGAGGAAUAUCAACUUUUAGACAUCUUUUUAAACGGCACAUUGAGCACAUAUCAAACUUUUGCAACCACCCAUGGUAGUUUGGUAGAUUCAGAAAAGAACAUUCACAAGAUGCGCUUAUUAUCUCUUGCUUCUCUUGGAUCCGAGAACCUCUCACGUGAGUUAACAUAUGGCGAUAUCGCAAAGAGCCUUCAAAUCGAGGAAGAAGAGGUUGAGAUGUGGGUGAUUGAUGUGAUUCGUGCUGGUUUGGUCGAGGCUAAAUUAGAUCAACUCAACAAAACCGUGAUUGUUCAUCGUAGCAUCUACCGUGUCUUUGGUCAAGAACAAUGGAAGAAAUUGAGCACAAGUUUAAGUGCUUGGAAGGAAAACUUGAAUGAGAUUUUGGCUGUGGUUGGUAAUGCCAAGUUGAUUGCUGGCGGUGCCUUGCAAGGUGGUGCCACCUCUUCUGCCGCUGCUGUUGUUGUCGAAGGUGAAGCCAAAUAAAUAUAAAAAAAAAACUAGAUUCCCCUUCUUUUUUUUUCUUAAAUAAACAACUCUCUCUCUCUCUCUUUA